CAGCGACAGCCAACAUUGAAGCCGAAGCUCCCCUGCCUUCCCUUCCGACUUUAGCCAGCUCUCCUCUCACGGAAGCGCAAGCUUUUCAUAGAUGGAUUAUAAGGCGAAAUUGGACAAGUUCAACAAGCAGGCAGAGAGGUGCUCGACGAUCAAGAACGUGGCUGCCAAGGCUGGAUCUUCCAACACUUCUCAGAAACCUUCCGGCAAUGGUGCUGCAGCAAGCAGCGGGAAAAGUCCUGCUCCCAACAGUAUCAAGUUCUCUAAUGAUACAGAAAGGCUUCAACUCAUCAAUGGCAUCCGGAAGGCUCCCGUCGGGGCGCAGAUGAAGCGUGUUAUAUCGCUCUUGGACAAGACAAGGAGAGCAUUCACUCCAGACCAGAUAAAUGAAGCCACACAUGUUGAUGUUAGACUAAACAAGGAACUCUUUGACAGUUUGAAGGCAAAUCCAAAAGUGAACUACGAUGGGAGGAGUUUCUCCUAUAAGACAUUCUUGGUUUUGAAUUGCUUACAGUCAACACAUAACUUGCUGAACAAGGACGAACUACUUAAAUUUAUUCGGCGGUACUCUCUGGGAAUUGCUGUCAUUGAGCUUAAGGAUGCAUACCCCCGUGUCAUGGAAGACCUACAGGAACUGAAAACUGAAGGCAAAAUAUGGCUGAUGUCGAACUUUGAUUCAAAGGAGGAUAUUGCUUAUCCUAAUGACCCUAAGGUAAUCAUCAAGGUGGAUGAUGACCUAAAAGAACUCUUUCGGGAGAUUCCAUUGCCUCUCGACAUGCUCGACAUUGAGAGGGAUCUGCAGAAGAAUGGCAUGAAGCCUGCGACAGAUACUGCAAAGAGGAGAGCUGCAGCACAAAUUGAUGGCAUCCCCCCGAAGUCGGAGUCUAAGAAGAAGAAGAAGCACGAGAUCAGCAAGAGGACCAAGCUCACUAAUGCACAUCUUCCUGAGCUUUUUCAGCACCUAAAUCAUUGAACACUUUGAAACAUACGAGACUCCUUGACAUUGAACUGAAAGGACAUCGAACUAACCAAAUAUAUUCGAUCAAAUUGAUAAAGCAAGAUGCAAUUGUACAGGUUGUUCUUGGAGAAAUGUGCUCCACAUAAGCUGGCCCCUGCAAACCUUCAACCGCACUGCUCUACUAGACAAGAGAUUUCAAAGCAUGAUUGCAAUUGUUAUGUGCAAACUUUCAAAUGUUGUUUUGAACCAUGGUCCAUCUGCACCAUGAAUGUUGUGUCCUUUCUUUUUGAGGUGGUGUUGCGUGAUGUUAUGGACUUGAUAAAUUCAAGUGAACUAUUACUUGUGGUGUCUCUAUUAUCUAUACAAAGG